GUAAAGCUCAUAGGAUACAGUGAGAAGCCUAUCAACCUGCAAAUGUUCAUUGGUACAGCAGAUGAUCGCUACUUGAGACCCCAUGCCUUCUACCAGGUCCAUCGGAUAACAGGGAAAACUGUGGCCACGGCUAGCCAAGAAAUCAUAGUGUCCAGCACCAAAGUUCUAGAAAUUCCUCUUUUGCCUGAAAACAACAUGUCAGCCAGUAUUGACUGUGCUGGCAUCUUGAAGCUGCGUAACUCUGACAUAGAACUGCGUAAAGGAGAGACGGACAUCGGACGAAAGAACACCCGGGUGCGCGUGGUGUUCAGGGUGCACAUCCCUCAGGCCAACGGGAAGGUGCUGUCACUUCAGGCGGCCUCCAUUCCUGUAGAAUGCUCUCAACGCUCAGCUCAAGAGUUACCCCAGGUGGAGAAGUCCAGCCUGACCAGCUGUCUGGUCAGCGGGGGAGAGGAGAUGCUCAUCAGUGGCUCCAACUUCUUUCCAGAGUCCAAGGUCAUCUUCCUGGAGAAGGGCCCUGAUGGACGACCACAAUGGGAGUUAGAAGCAAAAAUUAUAUGUGAAAAAUCUCAAGGGUCGUGCAUUCUAGUGGAGGUGCCUCCGUAUCACAGUAAGACUGUGAGCUCAGCUGUGCAGGUGCAGUUCUACGUCUGCAAUGGCAAAAGGAAAAGAAGCCAAUCUCAGCGUUUCACAUACUUGCCAGUGUUGGUCAAACAGGAACAGCGAGAGGACUUGGAGCAUCCUGCUGCGGCCCCUCUGACCAUGCCCCUGGCACACAGUGCCGCUCUGGUGCGCACCCAGCUGCCUUCUCCUGAGCACGGGCCCCCACCGGACGGCCUUCUGUCCAGCUCGCCUCAUGGUCUGGCUGCAAGCUCUGGCCCGGGCCUGCUGGUCCCACACCCCCCCUGCCCCCCGCUCAGCUCCCCCUCAUUCCAACACCUGCCUCACCUUCAGGGACACAGUUUGCAGCAGCCGCCCACAGACUGCCACAUGUCGUUCCAGUCCGGUCCUGGUCCCAGUCCUCUUCCUGCCUCUCCACGCCCGUCCUAUGGCCCCAUGCACAGUCACGCCCCUAGUCUGGCUUUCAACGGCCAGUCCAGUCUGACCGCACAGGGCUAUGAGAGACUCCCCUUUCAUCAGAAUGCUACUACAGGACCCCACUCGGUAGGUCUUGGAUUGGGCUACUCAUCAUCCUCCUGCCCCUCGCCCUCUGCUCUGCCCUCCUCAGCACCCCUCCCAGGCUCCCCUCAGAGUCAGCCUCUUCUGGGCCUUCAUGGCCUAGGCAGCUAUCACUGUGGGCCAAACUCCACACAGGCGCCCUCUCCCACGGCUCACCCACUCCUAGGGCAACACUCAACCCCGCUGCAGCGGACCAUGGCGUACCACCCUGUAGGUCAAAGGUCAGCGUCUUGUCCCACACCCUCUAGUGCCCCCCCUCCCAGGAUGGUCCCCUCUCCACACUCAGGGCCAUCAUCGCCCCAGCUGCACUCUGUGUCGUACCAGUCCCCCUCCUCAUCCUCCCCCACCUCUGGGGGCAGUCCUCUGGGACCUCUGCAGCAGCAUUCAGGACAGCUCUCUCCUCAGACCACCAGCCCUGUCAUGGCCACCCUGUCCCCUCCAGCGGGGCCAUUGGGGCAGUACCCCUCAGACGCAGACAGACUCAACAUUAAACAGGAGCCAGAGGAUAGGGAGCCUGCCUUCCGCUCCAUCGGCCUGCAGGAUAUCACGCUGGAUGAUGUUAAUGAGAUCAUCGGCAGGGAUAUGUCCCAGCACCCUGCUGCAGCACACAACCAGUCAUAGCUAAAGAUCCACCUCCACUCUCAACUCCAACAGCACAGAGGAACUAUGACUGUGGCCAAAGAGAGCUCCACAAGAACCCACACAGUCCCCAUGACGACCAGAGGAAGGUUCCCAGUACCCCUCACCAACUGUUUUGUGACACCUGCUAUGUGAGCCAUGCUGAGACAAAGCUCUUUUUAUAUAGUCCACAUUUACAGCUACGUGUUGUUAGCCCUAUUUCACCAGCACUGACUUCCAUGAACGAUGACCUCUUCUGUGAGCUCCAUAGAAACCUCAGGAGCGUGCAGCCACUGAGCCAGAUCUGCAGUAGCACAAUCAACAGACAACCACACUGCUAUGAAGCUGUCCCUACAUUUGAAAGAAGCUGUCUACAAAUCCCAAUCAGGAAAGAUGUGUAUGGCGUCUCGGCAAUCACAGCACUAUUGAUUGUAGCAUUUUGGUUUAAGGCCAUGGAAAACCUUGGGAUUUUCAGUCUGCAACAUUCCACAUCUUUAAUCUCCUGGGACGUCCGUAGACUGUCUGUCUCAGCCCCUUCUACGCCAAGUUGAACAAAUGCCUUAUAAUGUUUUAGCAGCUUUGAAAGGUAGUGAAAGCUUUUGUUGAUUUGCACAACUGACUAUUUUAGUGUGUGCAUGAUUUAGGAUAGGCUGUGACCCCUUACAUGUCAUGUUACUAGAGUGUUUUGAUGUAUUUUGGCAUGUUAAGAUAGAUAUAGCAACACAUGAAUGAAAGAUGGGAAUGACAUGGAGCUAUGGAGGUGCCCAUUUGCUCUGCAUACACUGGUACAAUGUAUAUUUACCAGGCAAGCUCAAAUGACCCACAAGUGUUUAACAGACUUGGAGAGGCUUUAAUGUGCUUUUGACUGUCCAGCAAUAAUGACUGCAUUUCCCAGAACCCUCUGUGUGCCUUCCGUUUGCUUACAAGACACUUUAACUUCAUGGCAGCAUUGGGAAGUAAUCAUAUGUUUUGUAUUAAAUAUGUUUAUACAUAAUGCUAGUAUACAUAAAAUCCCUUUGUUAGAACAAGGAAGAUUUCAGGUCUGAAAAGACUUUUCCUGUAUGUAGUGCCUCUAUGGCAGCAAUAACAAUCAGGGUCAACCUGAUCAGUCAUAUAGCAAUACUGUGUUGGUCUAGUGUACUUUCAUUGGCUUUUGACAAUGCCACUCCUGCAACUGGCAGACAAGGAGUGUUGUCCAGGAGGGGUUUACUUAGUUUCCUGGUGAAAGUGAAUUUGCUAUGCAUUUUAACAAUGCCUCAUGCCUUAUUAUAAAACUAAUAAUAUAAAAAAAAACAAAAAAAAAAACCUUGAUGCCUAUAGAUUAGACUUUCAACAUAUUGUUUGUGCUAGUUUAAUUGUGUUUGUUGAUUCCCUGGAUUUGACCCUCAGGCUUUUUAAAGACAGAUUCGGUGCAGUGUGCAUUUUCUGUGUAAAUGGAUGCAGUUUGUAUUGAAUGCAACAUAACAGAUAUAUUCUUAUGUGUCCUGUUAUAAAAACAGAGGACAUGUGCAUUCUGUCUAUGCAAAAUGUAAAUGGAACAUUACAUAUUAAGACAUAGAACAGAUUUACUACAUUUUAUGACAAAUUUACUAGUGAUCUCUAGUGGUGGUAUUUAUCACUGAGAUGAUGCCUUAUAUACCAUUUUGACAAGACAUGUAUGAACACUCUUACGAUUUUAAAAUAAAUAUAGGCAAUUUUCAAAAACCAGCAAUGACCCCAAACUCUGGAUGCAGUCCUCUCUGUCAAAACCAAAGAUCAAACAAAAUGUCCCCAUGAAACUGUAGUUCAAUGCUACCUAUUUGAUAUUUUCAAAUGGAUGUCAUUCCUAGAAUGUUUGGUACACAUCAGUGUGUUGUGUGCAACUCAUAUGCAGAAUUUAAUGCAUACAUCUAUGCCUAUAUAUUGUAUAUUAGUAUUGUAAAAAAUGUAAGGGAAAUACAGUUUUAGCUUACGUUUACCAGGCCGUGUAUUGUAAUUUCUUGUAUAUUUUGUAUGUUGAAAUUUUGUAAUUUUUAAGACUGCAGUGCUUUUUGCAUUAUACUGUACUGUAGGCUUUAAAUAGUGUACAUCAAUAAAAAACAAAA